GAUAUAUGGCUCAAUCUAGUUGUAGGCGGUAAUGCAACAUUCAUUGGGAUGCCAAUCGCCAUUUAACCUCAUCCAAGAAGAAAAAGACCCUCCCGGACAAGAGGUGGCGUGUGUCUACAUUAAGUGAAGUUUGACGACAACGCCUAGUAUGUCGAGAAAGAAAACGAGGAAGUUGCUAUUGCGUUUGUUCUGGUUCUUAUUUUAGAGGAGAUGUUAGGUCAUAAAUAGAAUUUAAACAAUUAACAAUAACUUCAACCAGUCCACAAAAAAAUAUCUGAUACUUUUUUUGCGAAACAAGGCCUCAGGUUGUUAGUCUGGACUUUAUUUUGGAACAGUGAGGAUAACAAUCUUGCAGCUUUCUACCGCUUCUCCACACUGAGCCCAAGACUACACUGACUGGGUCCUGACUGACAACAUCACUGGGCACCGCAGGAGAAAUGGCAUCAGUGAAAGACAGCAGUCAAACACUCCUGUUGAAUAUCAUCACGAAAGAUGAAGAGGAGGAAGUGAAGAUUUGGGAAUAUGAUGAUUACUCAGGAGCGAGUCCAGAGAUGACAUCAUCAAACAGCAGUCAAACACUGGGCCUGAAAGUCAUCAUAAAAGAAGAGGAAGACGACGACAUUGGGGAAUCUGAUCACGGAGAGACCUCUAACUCCUCUGACCAAGUUGAGACAUUUCCUGCAUCAGGGAAGAAACAUCAGGAAUGGAGCAAAGCUAAGGGGUCUCACCACUGCCCACACUGUGAGGAGAGCUUCCCAUUCCCAUCAUAUCUUGAAAGACACCUUCGAAAACAUUCUGGAGAGAAGCCUUAUGCCUGCUCUAUCUGUGGGAAACGCUUUCCUGCAUCACAUCAUCUAACAGUUCAUCAACGAGUGCACACAGGAGAGAAGCCUUACCACUGCUCUGACUGUGGGAUGAAUUUCUCUCAACUGAGUGGCUUGAAAGGUCACCAACGAACACACACUGGAGAGAAGCCUCACCACUGCCCUACCUGCAGCAAAAGUUUCUCCUAUCUGCGAGACUUGCAACGUCAUCAGCUGAUUCACACAGGAGAAAAGCCUUACUCCUGCUCUGACUGUGGAAAGGGUUUCACCUCACCAAGCCAUCUAACAGUUCAUAAGAGAGUGCACACUGGAGAAAAGCCUUAUAAUUGUUCUGAAUGUGGGGAGAGUUUCUCUUAUGUAGGUAGCUUCAAACAUCACCAGAGAAUACAUACAGGAGAGAAGCCAUACUCCUGUCCUGACUGUGAGAAGCGCUUCACCUCGUCGAAUCAGCUAAAGGUUCACCAGAGGGUGCACACGGGAGAGAAACCUUUCUGCUGCUCUGAAUGUGGGGACUUUUUCUCUCAACAAAGUAACUUGAAAUCACACCAGCGAACACACAGGAGAGAAGCCUUACCAUUGAUCUCACUGUAGCAGACCCUUGUUCUUAACGUACUCGCAUCAGUCAGACAAUACAGUAAGUAUGUAUCCACCAGAAGCUUUACAUAUGACUGAUGUACAUUUUUCAACAUUCAAAUCAUUCCUUAAGUGGAUCAGUGGGCACACAGGAGAGAAGCCGUAUCAGCAAUGCCAGACCUGCAGGAUUAGUUACCUCCAUAAUGGCAUUCAUAGAAGAAGUGGGGGACAUUCUACAAUGCUUGGCUUAACCUGACUUAAGGACAUUGAAUCAAAAUGAAAGUAGAGAGAAAAAAUAUCUAGGGGUUAACUGUGUAAUGUUGCUAAAGGUGUGUAAAAGGGAAAUGGUAAAAUAAUGGAUUGAUACAUAUUUGAAUGAACGGUAUUAGAUGCUAUAUGGAACUCUUAAAGCUUGGUAAAUUCUAUUUUUUGUUAUGUAGGCCUAACUGUAUUGGCUAUGAGUUAUACUGAUAAUAAAGUCUUUACUCUGAA